AUGUUCAAGACGCUGGCGCGACCUCAGUUCGCCGCCGUUCAGUCUCGACUAUUCCCCAUCUACUUCACCGUCCAAACGGCUGCCCCGGUCAUCCUCGCCGCGACGUAUCCCAGAAACGAAGGAGGUUCACUCGGCCUCAGCGGCGUUCUUGACCCAGCCAACCGGUGGUCAGUGCUGAGCCCCAUUGCCGCUAUCUUCGCUUCAGCGCUCCUGAACUUUGUCGUUCUCCUCCCUGCCACGAUCAAGGUCAUGGUGAAGCGAAGAGACCAAGAGAAAAAGGAUGGCAAGAAGUCGUGGGAGCCGGCACCCCACUCUCAAGAGAUGAUUGCGCUGAACAAGCAGUUUGGCAAGCUUCAUGGCAUCUCCUCCCUCCUCAACUUGACCACCUUCAUUGGCACCAUUGUAUAUGGUUUCCAUCUUGGAACACUCCUGCAGUAG